CUCGUCUCUUCCUCCCCAAUGUCGUCCUCAUCGACGACCGCUUGUUCGAGGUCGCCCUCGCCCUCUCCCACCACUCCGGAAGCGUCCGAUAUGCGCGACCCCAUCAUGAGCCAGGAGGAUUUCUCCGCCUGGUGCAAAUCCCUCCCUAGCACCGAAUUCCUCAUCAGCAGUCAGUUGUCCUUUGGAGAACACUCCCGCAAAGUAGAGGAGAGGCCCUCGUUAAAUCUGGAGGAUUUGCUGCAGGAGCAUGUGUACUCGGACGCUACUCCCGCUGCUCUGGACGUUCCUGCAGAGUCAAUGUUCUGCCCUGUUACCAGUCCGGCAUCUCAGAACACCUCUAUCGCUAGCACUAAACCGGUACCCCCACCUGCUCAAAUACGCAAAGACCCGCCCGCGUUGCAGCGAGUCGUGUUUCCGGAGAAAGAGUCUUGCUCAAAUCUUCCUAUCAUGUUUCCGAGUCUGCCAGAAGGGGGAACGAAGUCUCGCGUUGAGACGCAAAUUCGUCUCACGGUCGACCUAGCCCACGCUAGUUCUUCCUCUGGCGAGUCGCUCAAGUACGACAAGGUUGGGAGUUGGAAGUGGUUGAGAUUGCCGAAGGGCACCACGACCAAGAAGAGGACUCGCAAAGAGGGCAAAGUUGAUGCUUCAACGGAAGACACUCUCUAUCUCUCAGCGGAGAUUACGUGUGCAACUCCUCCCCACACGCGAGUGUCCGUCUGUUCCAGUUGUCAAACACGCGAGGCCAAACGUGUCGCGCGCAAGAUUGCUGCCCGAGUUCGGCCUGCGCGCUCCGAUUCCGACUCGCAGGAAGAGCCCCGUGUGAUUCCAGGCAAGGGCAAGCACGAAGACACUUCCAAUAUCCUUCAGUUCAACUGUCCCGAAGUCCUUGACUUUUCUUCGGGCUCUGUCAUCCUCCCGCUACGGAUUACAUGUUAUUGCCGGCAUCACCGCGAGAAGGUAGGCUUCAACCUGCAUCUCACGAUGCUUGACCACACUGGUCGUAUCGUCGGCACCGGAACGACAAAGCCCAUCAUGAUCACCGAUGAUCAUAAGAGCACUGGUGUGAAUGCACAGAAAACGAGCAACGAGUUUGGUGCGAAGUUGGACUGGACCGUCGCCGGCACGGAGUCGCAAGGUGUCACCAAGCGAAAGAAGGUGACCAACGGCACUGAUCGCUCGAAGAAGCGCGCCAAGCCGUACGACGCCAACGGCAGGGUCUCGAAACUUCACAGACAGAGUAGCAGUGGCAGCCUUCACUCGCCGUCCGAGAUGACCUCUGCUUUCGCGACGAGAGCGUCGUCGCCGCUGCAACAGACAACACACUUGGCGCCUUUGCAUAUCGUUACCUCUGUGGCUUCAUCUCCUCCAUCGACCUUCGACUUUGAGGCCCCGUGCUCCUCUGUCUCCGUCAAUCCUGAUGCGCUCGAUAGCUUAGCGUCGACGGCGGUGACUAGUCCUGAUCUGGCAGCCUUUGACUCCAAUGGCUCCAUUGCCGAUCUCUUGAACACCACUUUCGACGUCGACAUCCCUAUGCCAGAUUGUGGCGAGCUCGAGUCCCCCAUUUCCUCAUACCAGGACUUGUCACAUCCUUCUUUCGUGCACCAUCCGCCUUCCAUUCCGGCACCGCAUGCAGCUGUCGAGCCCGUGAACCUUACCGUUCCCGUACCGGCUCCAGCUGUUUCUAUGCCAUAUAUGCUGUUCAAGCACGGUCCUUCGCCUAUCAGCUUGCUCCCUCCUCGCAUUCAUCGGCUCAUUCCUGCCGCCGGACCGACUUUCGGCGGUAUCGAGGUCACUGUUCUCGGUGCCAACUUCCACCCUUCUGUGCAGCUGAACUGCGUCUUUGGUUCCACGCCUUCGACGUCGACACAGCGCUGGAGUGACAACACACUUGUCUGUAUCUUGCCGCCGAGCGUGAGUCCUGGCCAGGUCCACGUAUGGUUCGAGGGCAUGCCGAAGGAAGAGGACGGUACGCCGCCGUGUCUCUUCACGUACACGGAUGAGACGGAUCGUGCUUUGAUGGAACUGGCGCUUCAGGUCGUUGGCCUGAAGAUGACUGGUAAGAUCGAGGACGCCAGGCAUAUCGCCAUGCGCAUCGUCGGCAACACAGGAGGUCCCGAGCCUGAGCCUCAUAUCGGCAUGUCCGCCGGCGGUGCAAUGCAGCUUUCUUCACACUUGCUUCUCGGUCGCGCAGGUGACAACGGCGACUUUGAGAGGGUCCUUCUCGACUUCCUCGCACUCCUAGACGUUCCCAUGGCCCACGCCUCCGCCACAAGCAUGGCUGUUAUCUCCAAGCAGACUGCUAGCGGUCAGACGCUACUUCACCUUGCGACGCUCGCCAAGUUCCCAUCGCUCGUUAAGUUCCUCCUUUCACAGGGCAUCGAUAUCGACGCGCGCGAUUUGAAUGGCUGCACGGCACUCUUCCUUGCUGCGCUCACGAACUCGACGGAGUGUGCGCGCGCGCUCGUCGAUGCCGGUGCUGCACUGGAUGUUGUUAACGCUGCCGGCAAGACGCCUGCGGAGGUCGGCCCGGUGGGCUUCUUCGACUUCAUGGCUUCGGAGAGCGAACGCUCGUCUGAGAGCGGGGCUCACGAUUCGGACGAUGGUGCUUGGGGCGACGUUGAGGAGGAAUCGGACUGCGAGGCUGAGCGUCGCAACAUGCUCCGGCGGAGAACGGGUCGCAGGCUCGGUCGACCAUUGAAGUCGCGCUUUGCUGACGUCUCUCCUGCCUCUGAGACGCUGUCGUCGUCAGAAGCAAUACCCAAAACGUCGUCGGCCACGGCGGAGAAGAAGGCGCUCGAAGCCGGGCUCGCUGCUGCUGACGAGAAGCAAGCUGCGGUGACGUUCACGGAGAAGUUCCACCGCACCCUCGCGCAGCUCCAGCACCCGCAAGGCAUGAUCCCCGCGAUCCCCAACAUCCCUUAUCUCCAGAUGCCGAAUAUCCCCGGAAUCCCCACCUGGGGCGCUCUUCCGCAAAUCCCCGCAGUCUUUCCGGUCCUCGUGCCGAUCCCGCAGCUCUGGGGUGACCGCAGGGCCCGCGGCGGCGCACCUGACAAAGCGGACACGGGCGCUGAGGGCAACGGCCAGGUCAGACUUACUUUCGCGAAUGCGAUGGACUGGAAGGCGUCCUGGGAGAAGUGGAUACAGCAGGCGAUGAGGGUCCAGGGCAACCAGGGUCACGAUAACGAUAACGCGCCACCUCCAGCUUACACCCCGCGCGGGACUGACGAAGCGAUUGACCCAACGACGUUCAACUCGGACGAGAAGGGGCCGAUGCCGAAGCCUCAGCAUGCUCCCCAAGCUGAGAGCAAAGCGGCGGCGACGGCGGCCGCUGAGAGGAUUGUGAUGCCUGCCCCUGCGCCUCGCCAGGUGGGCUACGGUGUUGCCGCGAUCCCGGAGGAGGAGGUGCAGCUGUAUGGCUAUAGGCCGGCGCGCAAGCCCGCUCGUCGGGCUCAGAAGAAGCAUGACCGGAUGCUCGUGCUCUUCUGGAUUCCCAUCUUGAUUAUCGGCCUCACUUGGACGUUCCUCCAUGCGUUGAGAAUCGCCCUCCAUGCAACGAAGGCAAUCGUUACGCUCAAGGUUGGCCUUCAUGCAUAAGGCGUAGCAUGACAUCGAGUUUGUUCCGGAAGCAAAAUGGAGCAGGCAGGUCUCUCCAGUCGAGACACGCAGUGCGUCGGAUGUAUCAUACAACGCUUGCUUAUCGUUGGACAUUGUCAAUAUCGAUAGUACCCCUAGGAUCGUAAUUAACCUGUGUCAGGAUGACUCGUUCAUUCCCUUUUUUUUCUUCGUCUAUGUCACGACUCGUCUAGACCCGGAGAUCUCACAUAUAUGUCGCUGCGAUGCUCUUUCCUUGCUCAAAGUUUCUUCACUCCCUCCGUUCGUUUUCUCCUCUCCUUCGUCGUCGUCGUCCUCUCCGAAUGUCCCCCUCGCUAUACGACUGUCUAUCUUACGCUGAAUCCUGACUCUCUCGCCUGAAUGUUUCUAUACAAAACGUGUACUAGACCUAUGUCAACAGAUAAUACAACCAUGCAGCUUAUCCACGUACUCCCCUUCGCGGCAGGACGAUUGUAAGAGUGCGGGAGCUUGUGGAGUGGUUCGGACACAACGUGAAUAGUAGAUGCCUCUCGCUCACCUUCACAGCCCGUUAGUCAAGCACAUAAGCCCACUUCCUCUUUGUCACACCAGAGGACUCCGUAGCAGAGAGGAAAAGGCAGUCGCGGGGGGAAGCCGGGGUGCACAGCUGGCCUGCACAUGUACUUCGUUCAAGCUUCGGACGACUGAUUGUUGCGGUUAAACAUCAAUGAGCUUUGUGGGACGACACUGCGUGACUCAAGCACUGGAUCUCGAGCUCGCACAUCACCAAACAGCGCGGAGUACUUUGGCGCGAGCGUGCUACUUAGCUGCC